UAGUACUUUAUAACUCACUUCAUUUUUCUCACAAGAAACUCAUCACAAUUUCAUAGAAUUUCCAAGGCUAUCUUCGCAACCAAAAAAAAAAAUCAAAGAUGAAGAAUACUAUUGGAAGUAGCACAAAGUUAAUACUUCUUCAUCCUUAUAUACAAAAACAGGGGAGUUCGAAUCGGUUUUGGGCGUUGGCUUUUGUGUCAUUUUUAACACUUGCUUUUCUUCUUACUCUGAUAUAUACGAGGGAGUCAAAAAUCACGACCUCUAUAGCUGUUGCGUCUACAAUUACUAGUACAAGUACACCACCAUUGUCAAAAGCUGUGGCUAGGGCACUUGUUCAUUAUGCAUCGAAUUCGAAUAAUACAGAACAUAUGUCUUACACAGAUAUCAAACAUAUUGCUGAUGUUCUCCAAAAAUGUUCUCAGCCUUGCAAUUUACUUGUUUUUGGACUUACACACGAGACUCUUCUCUGGAAAGCCCUGAAUCACAAUGGGAGAACGGUUUUCAUCGAUGAAAAUCGAUAUUAUGCUGCUUACAUUGAGGAAAAAUAUCCGGAAAUUGAAGCUUAUGACGUGCAGUACACAACUAAAUUGAGUGAAAUGAAGGAAUUGAUUGCUGGAGUGAAGGAACAAGUCCGGAACGAAUGCAAGCCCGUGCAGAAUUUGCUGUUUUCGGAGUGCAAACUCGGGCUAAAUGACUUGCCAAAUCAAUUUUAUGAAGUGGAUUGGGAUGUAAUUUUGAUUGAUGGUCCAAGAGGGUAUUGGCCUGAGGCACCAGGACGAAUGUCAGCUAUUUUCACUGCUAGUGUAUUGGCGCGGAGCAAGAAAGGGGGAAAUCCAAAGACGCAUAUUUUCGUGCACGAUUUUCAUCAACAAGUGGAUAGAAUUACAAGUGAUGAGUUCUUAUGCAAAGAGAAUUUGGUGAAAUCAAUGGACAUGUUGGGGCAUUUUGUGUUGGAGAGAAUGGAUGCGAACAGCUUUCAAUUCUGUCGCAACCAUAACUCAACAACAGCAAAUUCAUCUUCUUAGCACAUUUUUAUGUUGUUAUGAUCUAUCGGCUUUGUUUUCUGUUUCAUUUUAUUUAAAGAUGUUGCAGAUUUUUGGACUUGUUAUG